AUGACUACCCAAAAAUCACAAGGCCGUGUGAUUCCAUCUACAUGUCACGGUAUCUCACAGGUCAGGCAGGUAGUCGGUGGUGGGGCUGUCGAGAUUGAGGCCGCUCUUGAGCAAGACCAGAUCAGAAAAGACUUUGCUGACAGAGUCAAUGAGGCACUGGCUGCCUCGAUCAAUGUUGGUCGAGACACAAUCUUGCUUGGGUUUGGCGGUGAUGUUUUCAAGCGGAGUCUUACUUCAAGCCUACUAGCAACUCGUAGGACGAACGAGGAUUCGCAGUGGCCCAAAUAUCUGGGUCGUGGGGUGACAAGGCCAUCAGGCCUGCAAAUCGACAUGCAGUACUCGUCCUUUAGGGAUCCUACCUUGUGUGGGAGUUGA